GAAAAUGUUUAUUUGACUCUUCUGCCAACCAAAAUUGAAUAAACAGGUGCACUCUCUCCAGAUUUUAGCCUUGACACAGCUUGAAGCAGCAAUUUCUGAGAGAGAUGGCGGAUCGUGUAAAUGAGCAGCCACAGGCCAUGCAGGAAGAAUACCUUGAUGUUCUCACCAAAGCUGGGGUGAAGACCGGCGUCUCUAAGCCCAGGGGGGAAGUCCAUAGAGAUGGUGAUUACCAUCGAGCUGUUCAUGUGUGGAUAUUUGCUGAGAGCACACAAGAACUUCUGCUUCAAAAACGCUCCGAUUGCAAAGAUUCCUGGGCUGGGCUUUGGGACAUCUCCAGUGCUGGUCACAUCUCUGCUGGGGAUUCUUCUCUCCUCACUGCUCGGAGGGAGCUUCAUGAAGAACUUGGUAUCAAGCUUCCAGAGGAUGCAUUUGAACUGCUAUUUGUUUCCCUUGAGGAGCGUGUCAUGAAUGAUGGAAAAUUCAUUAACAAUGAAUACCGUGAUGUCUACCUGAUCACGACAACUGACCCAAUUCCGUUGGAGGUCUUUAUUCUUCAGGACUCUGAAGUUUCAGAUGUGAGAUAUAUAGCUUUAGAAGAGUACAGGAACAUGCUUAGGAUAGAAGAUCCUCAAUAUGUGCCUUAUGAUGUGAAUGAUCAAUAUGGUCAAUUCUUCGAAAUUCUGUCCAAAAGGUACAAACAAAAUACUGAAGAACGAUAUCUGAGUCUACAGAAGAAGCUGAAUUGCUAUGCUCGUGUUUCUGUUGAGACGGAGUUAACAGGGCUUAACAAAUCAGACAAGGAAGCUCUGUCUCUAAUAGUUGAAGCUGCAAGCUUCAUGGAUCAAAUUUUCUUUUUGCAGGUCUGGCAUAGUAAUCCUUCUUUAAGAGAUUGGCUAGAGCAGCAUGCUGGUGAAUCCCAACUGAGCAAAUUAAAAUGGAUGUAUUAUCUUGUCAACAAAAGCCCAUGGUCCUGUUUGGAUGAAAAUGAGCCAUUUCUGACAACUGCAGACUCAGCUGUGAAGCUGCUUCCUGAAGCGACAAAGCACCUGGCUGGGUGGAAAGGACUUGAAUAUAGGGUGGCAUUUCCUAUUGUGAAACCACCGGGUGCAAGCUUUUACCCUUCGGAUAUGGACAAAUUGGAAUUUGAGUUGUGGAAAAAUAGCCUUCCAGAGGACAAGAAAAAAGAAGCAACGGGCUUUUUCAGUGUUAUUAGGAGGGGAAGUGAAAUUUUUUUAGAUGAAUCACUAUCACCCACCACAGCUAGCAGCAGGAUUCCUGUGCCUGCUCUAUGUAUUGUCCCUUUCUCUAAAGAAUACUAUGCUUACCUUUCAAAAGCUUCUGAUCUACUGCACAAAGCUGGAGACUUGGUCAGCUCAUCAAGCUUGAAGAAGCUCUUGCACAGCAAGGCUGAUGCUUUCCUGUCAGAUGAAUACUAUGAUUCAGAUAUUGCCUGGAUGGAAUUGGAUUCAAAGCUAGAUGUUUCCAUUGGUCCUUAUGAAACAUAUGAAGAUGUACUUUUUGGAUACAAGGCAACAUUUGAUGCAUUCAUUGGAGUUCGGGAUGAUGACGCAACAACUCAAGUUAAAUUAUUUGGGGAUCAGUUGCAGUUUUUAGAGAAGAAUCUUCCGAUGGAUGAUGCCUAUAAGAACGAGAAUGUGAGAGCUUACCCAAUCCGAGUCAUCAACCUUAUUUAUAAUUCUGGGGAUUUGAAGGGUCCCCAACCUGUUGCAUUUAACCUUCCGACUGACGAGCAGUUUGUUAAAGACAGAGGAUCAUGCAUGGUCAUGCUCAAGAAUGUCUCACAAGCAAAGUUUCAACUUAUUAUUCAGCCUAUUGUCAACGCAUGCAUAGUGAAGGAACAACAAAAAUAUGCAGAUUUUGACUCUUACUUCACAUUCAUAAUUUGUCACGAGUGUUGCCAUGGUAUCGGACCUCAUUCAAUAACACUUCCUAAUGGGAAAGAAUCUACUGUGAGAUUGGAGUUGCAAGAACUUCACUCAGCUCUAGAAGAAGCUAAAGCAGACAUUGUGGGACUUUGGGCCAUAAAAUUUUUAGUCAGCAAGAAUUUACUCCCGAAAGCCUUACUCAAAUCUAUAUAUGUCUUGUUCCUCGUCGUUUGCUUCCGGUCUGCACGAUUUGGCUUGGAGGAAGCUCAUGGGAAAGGGCAAGCAUUGCAGUUUAACUAUUUAUUGGAGAAAGGAUCCUUCAUCUUGCACCGAAAUGGCACAUUUUCUGUAGACUUUGACAAGGUUGAAGAUGCAAUAGAAAGCUUGAGUCGCGAAAUUCUGACAAUACAAGGAAGAGGAGACAAAGGGGGCGCAGAAACACUUUUUGCAAAGCACUGUAUGAUCACACAGCCAUUAAAAACUGCCACUGAGAAACUUAACAAGAUUCAGGUUCCAGUGGAUAUAUUGCCAGAGUUUCCAAUUGCAGAUAAAAUUCUGGGCAAGAACAAAUAUAGGUCUUGAAAGGAUAAUCUUGGAUUGGAUGUAUUUUUUAUUUUGUCCGCGUUAUUGCUAUUUUCGUCGAUGUUUUGUUGUAAUAAGCCGAGGGAGGAGUCGAGCCAGCAUAGGCAUAAGCAUAAGCAUGGCAAACAACUUGGACGUACUUAAUUAUACUGCCGUUGCUCUGUAAAACAGAACAUGCAAGUAUAUUUUUAUUUAUUUCAAUAUAUUUACUAUUCA